AUGGACCAAGUGUUCAACGCGAACCCGACCGUCUUCGUACCUACGAAGACCGCGAGCCGCCGUGCUGCGAAAGACUCGCUGUGGAUAUCUGACUCGGACGAGUCGGAUUAUGGGUCGGAUAAUGAGGCCGAGCCUAUAGACGCGGACGAGGUGUUCGACCUCAUCCGCUCGAUCAGCGACCCCGAGCACCGAUCUAUGACGCUCGAGAUGCUCGCGGUCGUCUCUUCGCCUCAGAUCACGGUUGACAAUGCGCGGAAUCACGUACUUGUCGAGUUCACGCCUACUGUACCUCAUUGCGGCAUGUCAACUCUCAUCGGUUUGUCAAUCCGCGUGCGCCUGUUACGCUCUCUGCCCGAUCGGUUCAAGGUAGACAUCAAAGUCAAGCCGGGCUCGCACAACAGCGAGCACGGAGUGAACAAGCAGCUUAACGACAAGGAGCGUGUGGCUGCUGCACUAGAAAACCCCGCCCUGGUCGAGGCGCUCGAGGUAUGCCUGCAGAGUGCAUGGAGGAGAGGCGCGCCUCCUGCCGAUGAGCACGAGGGUCACGAUCACUAG